AUGGUGGACUUUGAAUCAAACCCAAUUCAAAAGACCUUUUUCCAUCGACUUAUCGUGACAAACUUGAAAAGAAAGACGAGAACAUACCAAGAAGCUAUGAUGAUCUCGGUACCCCGAGGUGUCACUCCAUCCCCUUCCAAACUCCCUCAGCAGAACCCUGUGAAGAAAGCCAAAACACUGAUGGGUGAUCCCCUGAACAAAUCCAAUCUGGCUAUUGCCGCUUUGAUGAAGGAAACCAGUGAUAGAAGCCAACAAACACAACCUCCUAGUGAGUUCAAGUUCUGGUCAAACGAGUUUAAUGGCCUAAAGUUUCUAUAUGACUAUCUGAACUCUGACGAAGAUGUCAAUAAAGCUAAAUCCAUCAGUGUGCGGAAAUUAAGCACAAAUUCCAACUCUUACUUGAUGAGGUGUGCGGUGAUGAUCAAAGCUCUAUUUGAGGUUGAUGGUGAAUCUAGUCAAGCGGAGGAACAUAUAUCCAAGGAGGUCACAAAGCUGAAAGGUGAUCUCAAAGAACAAGCUCGGUAG